AGCUCUUUGAAGUUGAUUAUUGAAACCAUCUUGGAAAAGAACAUCUUGAAAAAAGAUCGAUAGAGACCUUUUAUAUGGAGCAUGAGCAGUAACAGCGUCCUCUGGGCAAGGAUAUUGGUCUCCACCAUCUUGAAUUUAAGGUGAUGUCCUUCCAGUCUGCUGGAGACUGAGCCUCCCGUUCCAUCCCAAUCCCUGUGUGACCCAUCUCCAGUUAUUUUUGCUUCAUGACACAGAUAUGAGCACGGCUGGAUCUCACUUUGGAAACUGGGCGAGUGGUUUUGGGGGAUACCUGUGACGUGGUCAGGAUGUAUCAUCGGCGUGGCGUGGAAGAAGAGCUGGAGAAGGAUCAGGGCAAGUGGGCUCUUCUGCGUAAUGUCAAUCAGGCUCUGAAACCGAGCACUUUGCUACCGGGUGAUUAUGUCUGGUUGGAUCUCAAAACAGGUCGUGAGUUUGAUGUUCCCGUGGGAGCUGUGGUCAAACUGUGUGACUCUGGUCAGAUCCAAGUGUUGGACGAUGAAGGCAAUGAACAUUGGAUUUCGCCCCAAAAUGCGACUCAUAUCAAACCCAUGCACCCAACAUCAAUCCAUGGGGUGGAAGACAUGAUCCGCCUGGGAGAUCUCAAUGAGGCUGGAAUCCUGCGUAACCUGCUCAUCCGAUACCGCGAGCAUCUCAUAUAUACAUAUACUGGUUCCAUUUUAGUUGCUGUGAACCCCUACCAGCUGCUGCCUAUCUACACCCCAGACCAAAUCCGCCUGUACACCAACAGGAAGAUCGGGGAGAUGCCUCCGCACAUCUUUGCCAUAGCCGAUAACUGCUACUUUAACAUGCAACGCAACAAUAAGGAUCAGUGCUGCAUCAUUAGUGGUGAGUCAGGGGCUGGGAAGACAGAAAGCACCAAGCUCAUCCUGCAGUUCCUGGCAGCCAUCAGUGGUCAGCACUCGUGGAUCGAGCAACAGGUCCUGGAGGCCAAUCCCAUUUUGGAAGCUUUUGGGAACGCCAAGACCAUUCGCAACGACAACUCCAGCCGCUUCGGAAAAUAUAUCGACAUUCAUUUUAAUAAGAAAGGAGCUAUCGAAGGGGCGAAGAUUGAGCAGUAUCUCCUGGAGAAGUCUCGGGUCUGCCGACAGGCACAAGAUGAGCGGAAUUACCAUAUAUUCUACUGUAUGCUGAAGGGAAUGUCUCCAGAACAGAAGAAGAAGCUGAGUCUGGGAGAGGCCUCUGACUACAACUACCUCUGUAUGGGUAAGUGCACUACGUGUGACGGGAGAGAAGACAGUAAGGAAUAUGCCAACAUUCGCUCCGCCAUGAAAGUCCUGAUGUUUACUGACACUGAGAACUGGGAGAUCUCCCGCCUCCUUGCUGCCAUAUUACACAUGGGAAACCUGCGCUAUGAAGCUCGUAUGUACGAUAACUUAGAUGCCUGUGAAGUGGUUUAUUCUACCUCAUUAACCACAGCCGCCAACUUACUGGAGGUUGGGCCUCAGGAACUCAUGAAUUGCCUCACAAGCCGGACUAUAAUCACACGGGGAGAGACUGUUUCCACCCCUCUCAGUAUGGAGCAGGCGCUGGAUGUCAGGGAUGCAUUUGUUAAGGGUAUUUAUGGAAGGCUGUUCGUAUGGAUUGUGGACAAAAUCAAUGCUGCUAUAUACAGACCCCUAUCCAAUGAGCCUAAAGCUGCAAGAAGGUGUAUUGGGCUGCUGGAUAUAUUUGGGUUUGAGAAUUUCACUGUAAAUAGCUUUGAGCAGCUCUGCAUCAACUUUGCCAACGAGAACUUGCAGCAAUUCUUUGUGCGGCACGUCUUUAAGCUGGAGCAGGAGGAAUACAACCUGGAGAACAUCAACUGGCUGCACAUCGAGUUCACCGACAACCAAGACGCGCUGGACAUGAUCGCUAUCAAACCCAUGAACAUUAUCUCCCUCAUUGACGAGGAGAGCAAGUUUCCAAAGGGCACAGACACAACGAUGCUCUAUAAACUGAAUAUGCAGCAUAAACUGAACACCUUUUACAUCCCGCCCAAAAAUAACUACGAGACGCAGUUUGGCAUCAAUCACUUUGCUGGAAUUGUCUACUAUGAAACCAGAGGAUUCCUGGAGAAAAAUCGGGAUACUCUUCAUGGGGAUAUAAUCCAGUUAGUCCAUUCGGCCAAAAACAAAUUCAUCAAGCAGAUCUUCCAGGCUGAUGUGGCUAUGUUUCUCUGUGGCUACCCCAGCACUGCUUUUGGCCUGUCAUCCACCCCUUCUAUAAAGGGAGCAGAGACCAGGAAACGCUCUCCCACCCUGAGCAGUCAGUUCAAGCGCUCCCUGGAACUGCUCAUGAGAACUCUCAGCGUGUGUCAGCCCUUCUUCGUCCGCUGCAUCAAACCCAAUGAGUACAAGAAGCCCAUGUUAUUUGACCGGGAGCUGUGUGUGCGACAGCUGAGAUACUCGGGCAUGAUGGAGACGAUCCGGAUUCGCAGGGCAGGGUAUCCCAUCCGCUACACCUUUGUGGAGUUUGUGGACAGAUACCGGGUGUUAAUGCCAGGAGUAAAGCCAGCUUAUAAACAGGGAGAUCUCCGUGGGACGUGUGAGCGGAUAGCAGAGAGCGUAUUGGGAAAAGAUGAUGAUUGGCAAAUAGGGAAAACGAAGAUUUUCUUAAAGGAUCACCAUGAUAUGCUGCUGGAGAUUGAGAGAGAUAAAGCCAUUACUGACAAGGUCAUUCUUAUUCAAAAAGUGGUGCGGGGGUUUAAAGACAGGUCAAACUUCUUAAAAAUCCGUAAAUCUGCCCUGUUGAUUCAGAGAUGCUGGAGAGGACAUAACUGCAGAAAGAAUUACACCGUGAUGCGGAUUGGGUUCCUUAGACUCCAAGCUUUAUACAGAUCCCGGAAGCUCCACACUCAGUACCAUGUGGCCCGCAAGCGAAUCUGCUAUUUUCAAGCUCGAUGUCGGGGUUACCUGGUUCGAAAGGCUUUCCGCCACCGGCUUUGGGCUGUGUUCACCAUCCAAGCCCAUGUAAGGGGUAUGAUAGCCCGCCGACUGUACAAGCGACUGAAAGGAGAGUACCACUGGCGACUAGAGGCUGAGAAGAUCCGGCUGGCCGAAGAAGAACGUUUGAAGAAAGAGAUGAGCGCCAAGAAAGCCAAGCAGGAAGCAGAGAAGAUGCACCAAGUGCGCUUAGCCCAGCUUGUCCGAGAAGAUGCAGAGCGAGAGGUCAGGGAGAAAGAAGAAGCUCGUCGGAAGAAGGAACUCUUGGAGAAGAUGGAGAAAGCCAGGAAUGAACCAGUCAAUGACUCUGACAUGGUGGAUAAGAUGUUUGGUUUUCUGGGGACAACAUCAUCUCUUCCUGGUCAGGAAGGACAGGCACCAACAGGAUUUGAGGAUCUAGAAGGAACUCGAGGAGAAAUGGAGGAGGAGGAUCUCGAUGGGUCAUUACCCCUACCAGAGGAGGAAGAGGAAGACCUUUCGGAAUACAAAUUUGCAAAGUUUUCCGCCACGUAUUUCCAAGGGACCACCACCAACACCUAUAUCAGAAGACCCCUAAAGCAGCCUCUGUUAUACCAUGAAGAUGAAGGGGACCAGCUGGCUGCCUUGGCUGUCUGGAUCACCAUCCUCCGUUUCAUGGGAGACUUGCCAGAGCCAAAGUACCACACGGCCAUGAGCAACGGCAGCGAGAAGAUCCCGGUAAUGACUAAAAUCUACGAGACCCUGGGAAAGAAGACGUACAAACGGGAGCUGCAAGCCUUGCAAGGGGAAGGAGAGAGCACUCAGAUCGACGGCUAUAAAAAAAACAGUGUGCGGCACAAGCUGGUCUCACUCACGUUAAAGAAAAAAUCCAAGAUCACGGAGGAGGUAACCAAGAGGCUCCAUGAUGGAGAGUCCACCUUGCAGGGUAACAGUAUGCUGGAGGAUCGGCCUACUUCAAAUCUGGAGAAGCUCCACUUUAUUAUUGGGAAUGGUAUCCUGAGGCCUGCUUUAAGGGAUGAAAUCUAUUGCCAAAUCUGCAAGCAGCUUACCCAGAAUCCUUCAAAAAGCAGCCAUGCCAGGGGUUGGAUCCUCAUGUCUCUCUGCGUGGGAUGCUUUGCCCCAUCUGAGAAGUUUGUCAAGUACCUGAGAAACUUCAUCAGUGGGGGACCACCAGGAUAUGCGCCAUAUUGUGAAGAGAGACUUAGAAGGACGUUUGCUAAUGGCACCAGAACCCAACCUCCCAGCUGGCUGGAACUGCAGGCAACAAAAUCCAAGAAGCCGAUAAUGUUACCCGUCACUUUCAUGGAUGGGACAACAAAGACCCUGUUGACUGAUUCUGCCACCACCGCAAAGGAGCUGUGUAACUCAUUGGCCGACAAGAUCAGCCUGAAGGAUCGAUUUGGCUUCUCCCUGUACAUAGCCCUGUUUGAUAAGGUGUCCUCUCUGGGAAGUGGGUCUGACCAUGUCAUGGAUGCCGUGUCUCAAUGUGAGCAAUAUGCCAAGGAACAGGGCGCUCAGGAAAGAAACGCUCCUUGGAGACUCUUCUUCAGGAAAGAAAUCUUCACUCCUUGGCAUGACCCAACAGACGACAAUGUCGCCUCCAACCUCAUAUACCAGCAGAUUGUGAGAGGGGUAAAGUUCGGGGAGUACAGAUGUGACAAGGAAGAAGACCUGGCAGAGUUGGCUUCCCAGCAAUACUACGUUGAUUAUGGCUCUGAGCUGAUCAUGGAACGAUUGCUAAACCUUAUCCCUUCUUACAUUCCCGACCGAGAAAUCACGCCAUCCAAAAAUGUGGAGAAAUGGGCACAGUUCAUAAUCGCAGCUCAUAAAAAGGGAAUAUAUGCUCAAAAGCGAUCGGACUCCCAAAAAGUAAAAGAGAAUGUUGUGGAUUUUGCCCGUUUUAAGUGGCCUUUGUUAUUUUCCAGAUUUUACGAAGCCUUUAAAUUUUCAGGACCCAGCCUACCCAAGAAUGACGUGAUUGUUGCCGUGAACUGGACUGGGGUUUACUUUGUUGAUGAGCAGGAGCAAGUCCUUCUAGAACUUUCCUUCCCAGAGAUCAUGGCUGUCUCCAGCAGCAGAGGAGGUAAAAUGCAAGGCCAAAGCUUCACUUUGGCCACCAUCAAAGGGGAUGAGUACACCUUCACGUCCAACAAUGCAGAAGACAUUCGGGACCUGGUGGUAACUUUCUUGGAAGGACUUCGGAAAAGGUCCAAGUACGUCGUGGCCCUACAGGAUAAUCCAAAUCCUGUGGGAGACGAUUCGGGAUUUCUGAGCUUUCAGAAAGGAGACUUGAUCCUUUUGGACCAUGACACUGGGGAAACCAUUAUGAACUCUGGCUGGGCUCACGGUUAUAAUGAAAGGACCAAAAACAAAGGGGAUUUCCCUACGGAGAUUGUGUAUGUCAUGCCGACCGUCACUAAGCCUCCUGGAGAAAUUGUGGCCUUGGUUACAAUGACUCCAGACCAGAAACAAGAUGUGGUAAAGGCCGUCCAACUGAACACCUUGGAGCAUGAAGAGAAGAUGAAACCAUACACACUGGAGGAAUUCUCCUAUGACUAUUUCAGGCCUCCUCCAAAACACACCCUGAGUCGUGUCAUGAUCACUAAGAACCGUGGGAAGGACAAGCUCUGGAGUUACACCCGGGAGCCAAUCAAACAGGCCUUACUCAAGAAGGUGUUAAUGAGUGAUGAGCUGUCACAGGAGGCCUGCAUGGCCUUUAUUGCCAUAUUAAAGUACAUGGGCGAUUACCCGUCCAAGCGCAUGCGCUCCGUUAAUGAGCUGACAGACCAAAUCUUUGAAGGUGCCUUGAAAGGAGAACCCCUAAAAGAUGAGAUCUACUGCCAGGUCCUCAAGCAGCUCACUGACAACCACAUCAAGUACAGUGAGGAGAAAGGGUGGGAACUGCUCUGGCUUCUCACCGGCCUCUUUCCCCCCAGCAAUGUGUUACUGCCCCACGUGCAGCGCUUUAUCCAGUCCCGCAAGCAACAUGCGCUCGCUGCAGAUUGUAUGCACCGGCUGCAGAGAGCUCUCAGGAAUGGCUCGAGAAAAUACCCGCCGCAUUUAGUCGAAGUGGAGGCGAUUCAGCACAAAACAACCCAAAUCUUCCACAAAGUUUAUUUUCCCGAUGAUACGGAUGAGGCAUUUGAAGUGGAGUCCAGUACCAAAGCCAAGGAUUUCUGCCAAGAUAUUGCUAACCGGCUGCUAUUAAAGUCCGCCGAAGGCUUCAGUCUCUUUGUGAAGAUCUCUGAUAAAGUGAUCAGUGUUCCAGAGGGAGAUUUCUUCUUUGAUUUUGUGAGACAUCUCACAGACUGGAUAAAGAAAGCCAGACCCUCAAAGGACGGUAUCGUGCCUUCUCUCACUUACCAAGUGUUCUUCAUGAAGAAAUUAUGGACCACCACUGUACCUGGAAAGGACUCAAUGGCUGAUUCCAUUUUCCACUACUAUCAGGAAUUACCCAAAUACUUACGCGGGUACCACAAGUGCACCAGGGAAGAAGUGUUACAGUUGGGGGCUCUGAUCUACAGGGUCAAGUUUGAAGAUGACAAAUCUUAUUUCCCAAACAUCCCCAAGAUCCUGAAGGAGCUGGUACCACAAGAUCUCAUCCGCCAGCUCAAUCCCGAUGAGUGGAAGAGGUCCAUUAUUGCCUAUUUCAAUAAACAUGCUGGGAAAACCCGAGAAGAAUCUAAAGUUGCCUUUCUGAAGCUCAUAUACAAAUGGCCUACGUUUGGAUCUGCUUUCUUCGAAGUGAAGCAAACGACUGAGCCCCAUUUCCCGGAGAUUCUUCUUAUAGCAAUUAAUAAGCAUGGAGUCAGUCUAAUAGACCCAAAGACAAAGGACAUUCUGGCAACUCAUACCUUCACGAAGAUCUCCAACUGGAGCAGCGGGAAUACGUAUUUCCACAUCACUAUCGGGAAUCUAGUGAGAGGGAGCAAACUGCUGUGCGAGACCUCCUUGGGUUACAAGAUGGAUGACCUUCUGACAUCAUACAUCAGCCAGAUGUUGACAUCAAUGAACAAGCAGAGGGGUGCUAAAGGGAGCAAGUGAACUGGUGUGAAGUACUGGCAUUUGGCCAUAGACUUUAUUCGCUCUUUGAAGCAUGUGGGGUAUCCCUGUAGUUGGGGAAAGACUUUCUCUCCACAGGUCUGGAACAUGAGUGACUCUGAAUCCAGAAUUUCUUUUGAUUCAGAUACUGAGGAGUCAAGCCCACCGUCCAGUGAGGAUGACUAUCUGUGACCAGCGUCUUGGUGGGACCUUCUAAAGUGGUAGCCUUGGGUCAGGAAUGAGUGUCUAGGAGAUACCACGAUGAGAGUCUUGAGGCUUCCUCGGUUCUCCUUGCAAGGAAAAAAGCCUUAUACAUUGACUCUGGGUGAAUGGAAAGUAUGGUUUCUUUUUAUUGAUGAUACAUUGAGGUAUUUAGUAGUAGGUGGCCUUUGGAGCCAGAAGAGAAGACCAGAGUUUGAGUUUGAUUGUCAUGAGUUAUGGAAAUGUACAGUCCGAUGCCAUGCAAGGUGGCCCAAGUGGCUAUGAAAAUCAGCAUGGAAAAAGAGGACAGAUUUUAAUAUAUUGCAAAGUUCAGAGUCAUAUAAGAGUACAUUUGAUAACACUGCAUUUUAUUUAUUUAACUUAAUAUACCAAUUUGUUCUGAAAUUCUGGAUUUGAAAAAAUGUUUGAAAAUACUGAAAUAUAAUUUUUUGGACUGUG